ACAGGUAAAACUGAGCUGGCCAAGCAGACUGCCAAGUACCUGCACAAAGACGUCAAAAAGGGCUUCAUCCGCUUGGACAUGUCGGAGUUUCAGGAGAGACACGAGGUGGCCAAGUUCAUUGGCUCUCCCCCAGGCUACAUUGGUCAUGACGAAGGGGGGCAGCUCACCAAGAAGCUGAAGCAGUGCCCCAACGCCGUGGUCCUCUUCGAUGAGGUGGACAAGGCCCACCCAGAUGUCCUGACCAUCAUGCUUCAGCUCUUCGAUGAAGGCCGGCUGACCGACGGGAAGGGGAAGACCAUCGACUGCAAGGACGCCAUCUUCAUCAUGACCUCCAACGUGGCCAGCGACGAGAUCGCCCAGCAUGCCCUGGAGCUGAGG